AUGGCGCCCAAAAUGGGCAUCCGAGUGGCGGCCAAAGCACUUGGCAUUGAUCAAGAUGCAAAAUCACGCCACCAUCCCGAUGAUCUGAAAGCGAGGGCUUUGGAAGCAGUCACGCCGUUGGAUCCCUUCUUUGAGGAGGAUCCAACCAUCAAGGAGUGGCUCCUAGAGCAACGGCCGACACUGGCAGGGACAGCAAGAUACUUUAUAAGCAUCACGCUUGGGUUUGUUGCCGUCCCUCAAGCAAUGGCUUAUGCAAUGCUAGCCGGCCUUCGUCCAGAGUUCGGACUAUAUACCUCCUUUACCGGGGCUUCACUAUACUGGCUGUUCGGCACAUCCAAAGACAUCGCCAUCGGAGCCACAGCUGUAGUGUCGCUGCUGGUGGGCAGAAUAAUAGACACGGCGCGUGCUGAACAUCCUCAGCUCGCCCCCGAGGAGGUGGCAAAGACUGUUGCGGUCUUGUCUGGGUGCUUUCUCCUGCUAUUUGGCAUGCUCAGGCUUGAUUGGUUGGUUGAGUUCAUCCCACACGUCGCCAUCUCGUCUUUCGUCACUGGCGCAGCCAUUACCAUUACGAUCAGUCAGAUGUCAACGGUUUUGGGCAUCGCUGAAAAUAUCAAUACCCGCGACGCUCCCUAUAUCGUAUUCGUCAAUACCUGUAGGGCUCUACCAAAGGCCACUGCCGGUGCUGCGGUUGGGUUGACGGCCAUCUUGAUCUUGCAUAUUAUCAAGUCAUUCUGUGCUCGUAUGGCUGCCAGGCAGAAGCACAAGGCAAAGAUGUGGGACACCAUCUCAUCUGUCAGAAUGUCGUUUGUGAUCCUACUUUACACGCUGAUCAGCUUCAUCGUCAAUCGAGGCCUGUCACCACAGGAUGCCAAGUUCAAGAUACUUGGUCCUGUGCCAACAGGCUUCAAAGCUGCCGGUACCCCCUCUUUUGACCCUGAUCUUGUUAAACUUCUCGCACCCGAACUGCCAGCACUCCUAAUCAUCUUGAUCAUCGAGCAUAUCGCCAUUGGCAAGUCUUUUGCUCGAAUUAACAACUACACUAUUGUCCCGUCCCAGGAAAUCAUUUCCCUCGGCGCCACGAACCUUCUGGGACCGUUCCUUGGCGGCUACUCAGCUACUGGGUCCUUCAGCGGUACUGCUCUACUAAGCAAGGCUGGUGUUCGCACACCCCUUGCAGGAGUGUUCAAUUCCUUAAUUCUGCUACUGGCUCUUUAUGCUCUUACCUCGGUAUUUUACUUUAUCCCUUCAGCGGCACUGGCUGGUUUGAUUGUUCAUGCCGUCACCAACUUGAUCACACCACCCGCCACGCUCUUCAAGUACUGGCAGCUUGCUCCUCUCGAUGUCUUCAUAUUCUUUGUGGGGGUUUUUUUGUCGGUAUUCCUGAGCCUUGAUACUGGGAUCUACGCUACCGUGAUCUUGUCGUUUGUCAUCCUCCUGCUGCGCAUUGCCAGGUCCCAAGGCAAGUUUCUUGGUCGAGCAAGGAUGCAUCUCCUAUCAUCGAAUAGCAAAGGUGAUGGUCGCAGACCCAGCGACGCAUCUGAGCAUUGGGAUCAAAGGCUUCAAUCUCAGAGCUCACUGCAAUCUGGCAGUCUGGGCCAUAGCCGGGUGAACAAUGACCGCGAGGUCUUUUUGCCGCUUGAUCGUCGUGACGGUUCCAAUCCAGCUGUAGACGUCAGCUCUGUCCAUCCGGGAGUUUUCAUCUACAGGUUCACCGAGGGCUGUACUUACCUCAACCAAGCGCAGUGUGUGGACCACAUCGUCGCCCAUGUUACUGCUCAUACCCAAAAGACCAACACAAACGAGUACAAGCGACCGGGAGACCGUCCAUGGAACGAGCCGCCGGUUCAGAAAACCAGCCAACCGUCGGAUUGCCCUACUGAGAAGAGUCUCCCCCUUCUCCGUGCCAUCAUUUGCGACUUCAGCACGGUAAAUCAUGUUGAUAGCACCGCUGUUGAAGGUCUGAUGGACAUGCGUGCGCAGCUAGACCGCUGGGCAGCACCAGCCGCAGUCGAGUGGCAUCUGGUCGGCGUGCGCAGCCGCUGGACGCGCCGGGCGCUAGUCGCCGCUGGGUUCGGCUACCCAAGCGCAGUGACCAGCGGCGGCUUCUGGAUGCCCAGUUUCGACGUUGGUGCCACCACCUCCCCGGGAGACACUGCGAUCGUGGCGACUGAGCCGCCCAGGAAGAACCUAGUCAACCACGCUGGUCAGGGCUGUGCUGACAUCGCAGACGCCGGAACCCGGGUCAACAGCCGUGAGGAUUUGGGUGACUGCGAGCUUGGGCUGGGUGACGGUCUUUCGAGCAGCGGGACCGUCACCGCCGGAUCAGUGACGAGUCACUCAAAGCAUGCGUGCGGCGAGGGGCAUGCUGAUACGUGUGACCGGGCGUGUCGAGGCAAGUAUGCCCCGGUUUUUGGCAUUGAUCGCCCCUUUUUCCACGUCGACCUGGUCUCUGCUGUGUCGAAUGCAGUAGAGAGUGCGAGGCGGAGAGACAAUAUUGGUGAGGCGGGACCGUACUGA